AUGGGAACGCUGAUUCGGCGGGUUGUUUACUGCUCGGGGGCUUUCAAACAAGAGUUCGAAUUGGAAAAACAAGGGUCUGCCAGCUUGAAGGGAUCUCUGGUUGAAUUCGAUUUCACCCUGAAACAUCAGCAACCAGUUUGUAUACGCGUGCAAACGCCAUGCGGUGAAAUCGGCAUGUUUGAGCUCAAUGAUAUGGUUUCUGAGCAUGUCUUCCGCCCCAUGCAACACGGAUGCGGUAAAGGCAUGUGGAAGAUCGAUGUCCUGGAAGAUGCUGAGAAGAGGUUGGUUAUUUUAGACAUUAUACUUUUAUUUAUAAGAAUCAUUUGGGAUUUAUGGGGAUAAAA